GCCUCGGUCGCCCUGUGCCCGAGUCACCUGUGGCCUCGGAGUCCCGGACCCGCUGGAACCUUGCUCAUUCCCCCCCCACCGGAGCCCGGCGGGGGUUGACGGAGAUUUUUCCUGCCCCCUUCCUUGGAGCGUGGAGGCCCCGCCCCCUCCCACCGCCCAGAUGUCUCCGGUGACGGCUCUGAGGACCUCCUUGAGGCCAGGGGCCGAAGGGUCCAGAGAGAGAAGCCCGCCCUAGGGAGCCUUGGGGGCCCCCAACCUCGUCUUGGGACUUGGCCCCCGACGCUGCUCGGAAGGAAGGUCGGUGCCCCCACCCUUGGGGGCUGCCCUCCUCCAAUCCGGCUCCCUUCCCAGAGCCACCCACAUCUGGAGCCCCUUUCACAUCUGGAAGGCCCUGGCCACUAUCCCUCUGCAGGUGUCUGUUGCAUCUCGACACCUCGGCCUUUGCAAUUGCCUAGGAGUUGUGAGGGGAUUACUGCUGCCUUCUGUCCAUCCCAAGGGCACCUCUUACCCUCAGUCCCUGCAGAGUCAUCCCCCUGCCUCUGUGUCCAGCUCAGCAUACCCACAGGCACUUCAAGUCCUGGAAACCACUCCUGAGACCCAAGGCCCCUCCCCCUGCCCUCCUGUGUCCUCACCUUGACCCCCUCUGUCAGACUGUCUCCCUCUGGGUGUCCCAUUCUCCACCCAGAGGUAGAGGAGCGGAGUGGUGGCAGGGGGCUGGGGCUGGGUGAGGGCCACCCAGGGCCAGGGUGGGCUGGGGGGCCGUUAAGAUGUGGAGCUCUGCCCUGCUGAGGGGGGCUCCAUGGAGGCAGACGCAGCGUGUGCUUAGCUGGGGGGAGCAUGGGCAGGCCUGCGGCCACUUGGUGAAGGAUGAACAUUCGGGGCACCCCGGACCUCGGGCAGCCCAGUGACGACCCCAGCAGUGGUGGUGAGCGGGAGCGGAUUCGACAGCGCAUGAAGAUGGUCAUCGGGCAGCUGGAGGACAUCCUGCGAGAGCUCAAGGAGGUGGCCAAGGAGCUAAGGGAGGUGGUGAGCCAGAUCGAUAAACUAACCUCGGACUUCGACUUUGAACUGGAGCCAGAUGACUGGACCACAGCCACUGUGAGCAGCACCUCCAGCAGCGACAAGGCGGGCGUGGGCGGCCCCUUUGACCUGGGCCACCUGGACUUUAUGACGGCCGACAUCCUCUCAGACAGCUGGGAGUUCUGUUCCUUCCUGGACAUCUCCACCCCCUCAGACUCCGUGGACGGCCCCGAGUCGACCCGGCCGGGGGCCGGCCCGGACUACCGGCUCAUGAACGGUGGCCUGCCCAUCCCCAACGGGCCCCGGGUGGAGACCCCGGACUCCUCCAGUGAGGAGGCCUUCAGUGCCGGCCCUGUGAAGGGCCAGCUGCCCCAGCGGACCCCGGGGACGCGGGAAAGGGUGCGGUUCAGCGACAAAGUGCUCUACCACGCUCUGUGCUGUGACGACGAGGAGGGGGACGCCGAGGAGGAGGCCGCAGAGGAGGAGGUGGGCCUGUCCCCGGAGCCUCCCCACACAGAGGCCCCUGCUGGCCCCCUCAAGCCCUCCCCGGCUCCCUACAAGCCCAGGCGCUCUCCACUGACUGGACGCCGCUCAGGCCCCACCUCGGUCCCCGAGCAGACCCGCAGGGUCACGAGGAAUAGCAGUACCCAAACGGUGUCAGACAAGAGCACGCAGACGGUGCUGCCCUACACGGCCACCAGACAGAAAGCCAAGGGGAAAAACUAGGGCUGGGGAGGGGCUGGGGGGCGGUGGGCACAUAGAGCUAUAAAUAUAUAUAUAUAUAUUUAAACAAA